CAGAGACUGGGCAGGAUGGGUAACGCCAUGCGAGGCGUCAUCGCCUUCAUUCCCUCAGAGCGCUGCCAACGCUUCCUAGUGGGGGACCUGAAGGAAAUGCCCCUCGAUCGGACCCUGGACCUGAGCAGCCGGCAGCUGCGUCGGAUGCCUGCUGCUGCCUGCGUGUUCAAUGAGCUGGUGAAGCUCUACCUGAGUGACAACAACCUCAGCAGCUUACCGGCUGAGCUGCAGGGCCUGAAGAAGCUGCAGCUCCUGGCGCUUGACUUUAACUGCUUUGAAGAGCUCCCUGCAGCUGUGUGCAGAUUGCCCCAGCUCAGCAUCCUUUACCUGGGUAACAACAGGCUCUACCGCCUCCCCAAGGAACUGAGAGAGCUCAAGGAACUCAGUACGCUGUGGCUGGAGACUAAUUGCUUCACUGUCUUCCCCAAGGUGGUUUGUGAGCUCUCUAAUCUCAAGACCCUGCAUCUUGGUUAUAACCAGAUACAGAGUUUACCAAAAGAGCUUGGAGGGCUGGAGGAGUUAAGAAGUAUCUGGCUUGCUGGGAACCAGCUGACAGCGUUCCCACCAGUGUUGCUGGAAAUGCACUUACUAGCUGUUAUUGAUGUGGAUCGGAACAGAAUACGCUACUUCCCAGGCCUGUCUCACAUGCAGGGGUUGAAACUUGUCAUCUAUGACCACAACCCCUGUGUUAAUGCCCCGGCAGUGGCCGAAGGAGUCAGAAGAGUUGGGCGCUGGGCGGACAGCUCAGAUGAUGAGCAGGAAGAUGGCGGGUCGAAAGCAGCAAGUGAGACUACAGCAGAGGUCACAGAAGUGCAACAGGAGGAGGAGCACAACAUUUAGGG